CACUGCUGGGCACUGACUGGCGGCACUGACUGGCACAACCCCUGGGCACUGACUGGUAGCACUGACUGGCAGCACUGCUGGGCUGCACUGGUGGGUGGCACUGGUGGGCAGCACUGGUGGGUGGGCACAGGUGGGUGGCACUGGUGGACACAGGUGGGUGGCACUGCUGGGCACAGGUGGGUGAUCUGCUGGGCACAGGUGGGUGGAGCUAGUGGGCGCACUGCUGGGCACAGGUGGGUGAUCUGCUGGGCACAGGUGGGCGGAACUUGCGGGUGGCACUGCUGGGCACCGAUCAUCAGGGCACUGAUCAUCAGUGCCCUGAUGAUCGGUGCCGAUCCCCGCUCUGACAACUGCCGGUUCUCGGCAGUACUUUCCUCACGAUCUGACAGCGUGAGGAAAGUGCAGCCGAGAACCGGCACUUGC